AUGUUGACAAUGAUGAGGAAUACGUUCUCUGCCACGUCAGUGAUUGCGACGCUUGGCAUGCUUCUUGUUCUUGGGUUUCUGAUCCAAAUUAUCCAAAGGCGAUUCUUUCACCCUCUUCGGAACGUGCCUGGUCCCUGGAUAAACAGCGUCUCAGAGCUACCUGCUUCCUUGGCAUUGGUGACUGGCAACCAACACAGAUACUACAGGUCACUGCAUGAGAAAUAUGGCCCAGUAGUGCGAGUCUCUCCCAAUGAAGUUGGCUUCAUUAGCGUAGAAGCUCGAGAAGAGAUCUAUGGCCUUCGAAAAGGUGGUCUAAACAUGGAGAAGAGCCCAAUCUUCCUGGGAGCCGUGGGAAGUGUAGAUGGACAAACUGGGGUCAGCCUAGCUGUGAACAAAGAGCACGCUCGACAACGCAGGGCGUUGGGAUAUCUUUUCACCAACAGCGCAUUGUUACAUUUUGAGAGUGUACUUCACCUUCAUAUCGACAAAUUCCUCACCGUCCUGAAGACAAUGACAUCCGAGAAGCGAGCAGUGGAUUUCUCAGCUUGGUACACCUACCUGGCAUUCGAUUUGAUGGGCGAUCUGUGCUUUGCCGAGCCAUUUGGGUGUUUGGAUCAGGCAUCAGAUACAGAGUGGUCUACAUCUGUUAUCAAUGUGUUUGUGGCAGCUACAUGGACGCAGGCUAUCCGUCGUCUCUCUGGUGUCGGUACACGGCUCGAGUCGCUUAUUACUCGACUUCUUGUUCCUUCUAAGGCCACGACCUGGAGAAUGACUCAUUUGAACAAUUCACGUGAGAAGACUAUUCGCCGACUGGCAGAUCCCGACCGAGAGCAUGCAGACUUCAUGUAUCACAUUCUCAACAACGAAUCCAGGAAGUCGCUUUCUCAAACAGAAAUCAUCUUGAACAUGUCGUUAUUCAUCAGUGCUGGAACAGACACGACUGCUACAGCCCUUACUGGCUGGACAUACUUUGUGUCCACUCAUCCAGAUGUGUACAAACGUUUGAUGAGCGAAAUUAGAGGAGCUUUUCUGACGGAAGAGGACAUCAAAUGGGAUAAGGUAAAGGAUCUUCGAUACCUCGAAGCGACUCUCAACGAAGCCCUACGUCUCUUUCCACCUUCGCCGGCGAGUCAGCAACGUGUCGUUCCCCUUGGUGGUGCUACAAUUGACGGCUACUAUGUCCCCGCGGGGACGACUGUCGCUGUCGCCCCAUGGGUAGCGACACACUCACCCUUGAACUUUCACGAGCCGGAUCUCUUUAAGCCCGAGCGUUGGCUGGGAGAGGAUGAAAAGUUCUCAAACGACCGCCUCAACGCUUCGCUGCCGUUUGGGACGGGGCCAAGAGUAUGCAUCGGGAGAAACCUUGCCUACCUCGAGAUGCGCCUCAUUGCAUCCCACUUACUGUGGAACUUUGAUCUGGAACUUGAUAAGGGGGAAUAUAUCGAGAAAAAUUGUGUGUGGGGCCUGAAUGGCCAGGUGAAGCCGAUGAAGGUAUUCCAUUCUAUGACAAAGCCAGAAUUAUGGGUGCAGUUGAGAGCGGUUUGCCGGUGA